GAGAUCAUAGUAACUAUAGUGUGUGGAGAUGAGGAGCAGAUCAGCUGUUUUGAAUAUUCUUUUGGUAUUGGUGUUUAUUGGAUGGCUCUUCAUAUGGGUAAUGUUACCUACAGAGACUUACAAAUAUUCAUGGACGCCCCUGCUCCUAAACAAGCUCAACUCCACAUAUUUCAGAGAACAAGGGACAAAUCUUCUUCUAUUAACUUUUCCUAUAAUGUUGAUAGCUGUUGUGAGCUGCAUCUAUCUUCAUCUUUACAGCAAGCCAAGUUCUGAUCAUCAGAGGUUAGAGCGGCAAUAUUUUCGUUCUUGGAAACGGCCACUGCUCGUGAUGGAACCUCUUGGAAUUGUGAACGCCGUUGAACUUACUUUUACUGCCAUGUUUACCGUCCUUCUUAUUUGGUCUUUAGCCAACUACGUCUAUGUCAGCUAUGGUCAUCUCCAUAUGCACAAUGCUGGGGAGAAAGUGUGGAUGGCAAAGUUUCGAAGUGUAUUUUUGAGGCUUGGCUACGUUGGAAAUAUUUGCUAUGCGUUUUUGUUUUUUCCAGUGACCCGAUUGUCCUCAAUUUUGCCGCUGGUUGGGCUAACUUCAGAAUCAAGCAUUAAAUAUCACAUCUGGCUUGGGCAUAUCUCUAUGGCCCUUGCAAUUCUCCAUAGUGUUGGCUUCGUCAUAUACUAUGCCGUGUCUAAUCAAAUGAUAGAGAUGCUAGAGUGGAGCAGUACCUACGUAUCCAACGUAGCUGGAGAAAUUGCUACCUUGGUUGCAAUAGCAAUGUGGGCAACAAGUCUGUACAAGAUAAGGAGAAAGAUGUUUGACGUUUUCUUCUACACACAUCAGCUCUAUUCUCUCUACAUCUUCUUCUACCUAUUGCAUGUCGGAGCUGCCUACACAUGCAUGAUCCUCCCUGGAAUUUUUCUCUUUGUGAUCGACCGAUACUUGAGAUUCUUACAGUCUAAACGAAGGGCUAGAUUAAUUUCUUCGCGACUUUUACCUGGUAGCUCUGUUGAACUCACAUUUUCCAAGAAUCCAGCAUUGACGUACAACCCUACAAGCAUCUUGUAUGUGAAUGUGCCAAGCGUAUCCAAGUUGCAGUGGCAUCCAUAUACAGUAGUUUCAAGCAGUAAUUUGGAGUCAGAUAAGCUGAGUGUUGUAAUUAAAUGCGUGGGAAGUUGGAGCCAAAAAUUAGAAAAGCAACUUUCUUCUUCUCCAGAUCGUCUUGAAAUCUCAACAGAGGGACCUUAUGGACCUUCAUCAUCUCAUUUCUUAAGUCGAGAUUGCUUGAUGAUGAUCAGUGGAGGAAGUGGAAUUACUCCCAUGAUUUCAAUAAUCAGAGAGCUCAUUUACAAAAGCUCACAACCCAACACCAAAGUACCAAAAGUCAUCCUAAUCACAGCCUUCAAAAACACAUCUGAUCUCACAAUGCUUGAUCUCUUGCUCCCCAUUUCCACAACUCCUACCGAUAUUUCCAACUUAGAUUUCCAAAUCGAAGCCUACAUUACCAGAGAAAACAACCCACAGGAAAAUAACCUUAAAGGUCAUGUCCAAACAAUCGUGUUCAAGCAAAAUCCAAAAGACACUCCAAUUUCAGCACCACUUGGCAAAAGCAGUUGGCUAUGGCUCGGCGCGAUAAUUUCGUCGUCAUUUGUCAUGUUUCUCCUUUUGUUAGGCCUCGUUACGCGUUACUCUAUAUACCCAGUUGAGCGCGAUGGAAAAAUAUAUCAUUACAGUGGGAAAAUCAUUUGGGACAUGUUUUUGGUUUGUGUUUCGGUUUUUAUUGCCACCAGUGUCAUUUUUAUGUGGCAAAAAAAGAAGAAUGAAAGUGAAGGGAAACAAAUUCAGAAUGUGGAAAUGCCUACCAAUCCUACGAAUUCACCUGCUGGUAAUUUAUGUGGUACGGAAAUGGAGCUGGAAAGCCUUCCUCAGCAGUCUAUUGUGCAAGCUACUAAGGUGCAUUAUGGUGCAAGGCCUGAUCUAAAAAGAAUGCUUUUUGAUUGCAAAGCAUCAGAUGUUGGAGUUGUGGUUUGCGGGCCAAAGAGCAUGAGACAUGAGGUUGCCAAAAUAUGUGCUUCUGGCUUGGCACAAAACCUACAUUUUGAAUCUAUUAGCUUUAAUUGGUGAUGCUCUGGUUGCUUGUCCGACAAAAACGAGGACAGAUGUUUUGUCUUUAAUUUGCUACAGUUUUUCUUUGUUUGUUGGCUUUUGGAUUGUAAUUGGUUGUGACUUGUGUGCAAGUUUCUGAAAUAUGGUUUAAAAAGUUGUGUUGUACAGUAUAACCUCGUCAAAAGUUGUAUAAAAGCAAC